UCAAAUGCGAUAUGUUUUUGAAAUAAGGCGGGCAACUUCAACCACCAACUUCCCCAACGUUAAAUGUUCAAAAAACAGUUCCUUCAGUUUUCCUCACUCUACUCUUCUCACUUCUCAAUAGUGAUAUUUUGAUGAAGCUCUUCUUCUUCUUCUUCUUCAAGCGCCACUGCAGCUCUCUCACCCUCAAUCUCCAAAAUCCCAAAACCCCAUCUACCAAACAAUCCCAAAUCCUCUCUCUCUGCAAGCUCGGCUCACUCUCCGAUGCGCUUCGACUCCUAAACUCCACUAUUUCCGCCGAUAUUGCCGUCAAACCUAUUGUAUUUGCUGCACUCUUGCAAACUUGUAUCAAAGUCGUUUCUUUCAAUCAUGGCCUUCAAAUCCAUGCCCAUGUUGUUAAGUCCGGUCUUGAGACUGACCGUUUCGUCGGGAAUAGCUUACUUUCUCUUUAUUUUAAAUUGGGUCGUGAUUUUUCGCAGACCCGGAGAGUGUUUGAUGGUCUUUUUAUUAAGGACGUGAUAUCUUGGACCUCGAUGAUUUCGGGGUAUGUUCGGUCGGGGAAGCCUAGGAAUUCUCUUGAGUUGUUUUGGGAAAUGUUGGCAUUUGGGAUUGAGCCAAAUGGGUUCACUUUAUCUGCGGUGAUCAAGGCGUGUUCAGAGCUUGGGGAUUUAAGGCUAGGUUGGUGCUUUCAUGGGGUGGUUAUGAGACAUGGGUUCGAUUCGAAUCAUGUUAUUUCUAGUGCUUUGAUUGACAUGUAUGGUAGGAAUUAUGAGUCCGGGGAUGCACGCCAGUUGUUUGAUGAGUUGCCUGAACCGGAUGCUAUUUGUUGGACAUCGGUCAUUUCAGCAUUCACAAGGAAUGGUUUGUUUGAGGAAGCUUUGGGAUUCUUUUAUGUGAUGCAAAGAAAUCAUGGGUUGAUCCCAGAUGAAUUUACAUUGGGGACAGUGUUGGCUGCUUGUGGUAAUUUAGGUAGGUUGAAGCAAGGUAAAGAAGUGCAUGCUAAGGUUGUCACUUCUGGACUUCGUGGAAAUGUGGUUGUUGAGAGCAGCCUUUUAGAUAUGUAUGGAAAAUGUGGGUCAGUAGAUGAAUCUCGGCGUGUUUUUGAUAGGAUGCCCAGAAGGAAUUCAGUUUCUUGGUCUGCAUUGCUUGGAGUAUACUGUCAAAAUGGAGACUUUGAAUCUGUUAUUGAACUAUUUAGAGAAAUGGAGGAGGCUGAUCUGUACUGUUUUGGAACUGUUCUUCGUGCAUGUGCAGGUUUGGCAGCAGUAAGACAAGGGAAAGAAGUUCAUUGCCAGUAUGUGAAAAGGGGUGGUUGGAGGGAUGUAAUUGUAGAAUCAGCUUUAGUUUGUCUUUAUGCAAAAUGUGGUUGUGUUAGUUUUGCUUAUACAAUUUUCAUGCAAAUGCAAGUUAGAAAUUUGAUAACUUGGAACUCAAUGAUUUGCGGGUUUGCUCAAAAUGGAAAAGGUGAAGAAGCUCUUGGAAUAUUUGAUGAGAUGAUUAAGGAGGGGAUAAAGCCUGAUUAUAUUACUUUUAUCGGGGUUAUUUUUGCUUGUAGUCAUACAGGCUUGGUUGAUCAAGGACGAAAAUACUUUAUCUCAAUGACAAAGGACUAUGGAAUUAAAGCUGGAACAGAGCAUUAUAACUGCAUGGUUGAUCUUCUAGGCCGUGCUGGGCUACUUGAAGAAGCUGAAAAUUUGAUAGAAAAUGCAGAUUGUAAAAGUGAUUCAUCACUUUGGGCAGUUCUUCUUGGUGCUUGCACCACCUGUACAAACUCAAUUACUGCAGAGCGAAUUGCUAAGAAGAUGAUGGAAUUGGAACCUGACUACCACUUGAGUUAUGUUCUUUUGGCUAAUGUUUAUAGAGCAGUUGGACGAUGGAAUGAUGCCUUGGAAAUUAGGAGGUUGAUGGAAAAUAGAGGGGUUAAAAAGAUGCCAGGUAGGAGCUGGAUUGAAAGUAAUAGAAACUUUGGUUCUCAUCUUGACAUGGGUAGUUUUGUUGUUCCUGGAAAAAGUAGUACUAGUGUGGAGAAUAUUGUGUGAUGAGAAGAAAAAUGGGGAUUUAAAUUACACAUUUGAGGCUGAUGAACAGAGUUGGUCAAACAGUUGGAAUUGUCCUUGCAUUAUCCCUCCCAAAAGAUACAGACGUGAAGCAUAAAUCUUAAUAACCAUGGAUGCAAUGCAAUUGCAGACCUCACACUAGCUACCAGCAGGGAGAGCCACAGUUGAAUGUUCAUCUUUGGGCAUUAUGAGAAGGUGGUUAAUCUCUUUUUUUACCUGAAUGGUUUAGUGGACCCUUGAGAUAAUAUUGCAUAGGUUCUACUAUUAGAUCAAUCGGUAAGAUCUUGUUAUGGCAUUAGUGGGAGGACAAGACACAUAUGAUCCAAUUACACGCAUCUCAAACUACAUCAAACUGAAUCAUUCAAUUUUGUUAUUGUAAAUUGAUUUCUUGUUUUCUGUUAUUGUUAUUGACCCCCCCUGCCUCUUUUUCUUUAUUGCAUAUGAGUUAAAAUGAAUCCAUAUGAAUC